AUGGAGCAUUGUAAUGCGUCCAUAACACCAGAUGAAGCAAGGUUACAAUUAUCCAAGAGUGAAGAUGAACAAGAUGUGGAUAUAACACAAUAUAAAAGGUUAAUUGGAUCAUUGAGGUACUUGUGUAAUACGCGGCCUGAUUUGGCGUUUAGUGUUGGUAUUGCUAGUAGGUUCAUGGAGAAGCCUAAAGUAUCACACUUGGCUGCAAUUAAGAGGAUCCUUCGAUACAUUAAAGGAACUCUUGGUUGUGGAAUUCUCUCUCCCGCAACGGAUAAUGGUGGUAAAUGCAAAUUACUUGGUUAUACCGAUUCUAGUUGGUGCGGAGAUAAAGAUGAUAAAAAGUCUACGGCGGGAUGUGUCUUUAUGUUCGGCGGAGCACCAAUCUCUUGGUGUUCUAAAAAGGAACCGGUAGUUGCAGUCUCGUCUUGUGAGGCUGAGUAUAUCGCUGUGUCAUUGUGUGUGUGCCAAGCAGUGUGGCUUAGAAACCUACUGAAGGAGCUGGGCAGCAGCUUUGAUAGUGUUGUUACAUUGUUGGUUGAUAAUAUUUCAGCUAUAAAUCUUGUUAAAAAUCCCAUUGCACUUGGGAGAAGCAAGCAUAUUGAGAUGUGUUUUUACUACUUAAGGGAUAUGGUAAGUGCAAGCUAUCUGAGGUUAGGAUACUGCAGAAGUGAAGAACAAGUUGCGGACUUGUUGACGAAAGCGGUAUCGAAUUUUCAAGAAGCUAUUGAGGAGAUUGGGCAUGAAGAAUGUUAA